GCAAAGUUUUAAUUCUUUCCCCUUUUAUCAGUUCUGAGAGAGUUGAGCCAUGGAAGUGACUGUGCCUCACUCAUCUUCUUCUCUCUCCGUAAUCCCAACAUUAUCUGCUAAACCCCACAAAACCAUUCUCAAAUACACCUUAAAUUUUCCUAAUAUAUCAUCCAAAAACCUCUGCUCCACCAUCUCUUCUUCCAAAUACUGUUGUACUUGCCGAAACAGAGCAACUUCAAUUACAGCUUCUUCAUCUAUUACACCCAUUUCUCCACAUUUGCCCACUUCUUCUAACGCUCAACGCCACUGGAUGGUGCUACUGGAAACCCCGCCCAAUGGGGUCAGCUCCAAAUCUGAGGUCAUUGAUUACUAUGUGCACACCCUUCAAAGAGUCUUGGGCAGUGAGAAGGAUGCUCAAAUGUGUAUGUAUAAUGCUUCUUGCAAUGUCCCGUAUGGAUUUUGCUGCGACAUUGAUGAGGAUGUAGCUAAUGAGAUUGCUGGUAUGCCUGGGGUACUAUCAGUUAUACCUGACCCUGAUUUUAACUCAAUGGUGAAAAACUAUAGCUACCCGAAGGGUCAGUUAAGUUCCCUAUCAAAUUCAUAUGCCGAUGGCUCAUCGUUAUUUCCAGCUGGGACUUCUAAACAUUGGCUUGUUCGGAUAUCCAGGCCAUCUGUUGGAGUCAUAAGAAAAGCCCCGGUGGUUGACUAUUACGUUCAAGUUCUAACCAAAGUUCUUGCGAAUGAGAAGGAUGCACAGAUGUGCUUAUAUCAUGUGUCUUGGCAAUCCAAUUAUGGAUUUUGUUGUGAAUUAGAUGAGGCGUGUGCUCAAGAAUUAGCUGGAAUGCCUGGAGUUCUAUCUGUUCGGCCAGAUGAAAAUUUUGACUCGGACAAUAAAGACUAUGGAGGUGGGAAUUUGAAGCUGAGUGAUGAUUCCCAGCAAUCUGCAGCAUCAGACAGGGAAACAGAUGUUAUAACCAAGAAGCUUUUUGUGACUGGUCUGUCAUUCUAUACAUCUGAGAAAACGCUGCGUGCAGCAUUUGAAGGAUAUGGUGAACUUGUUGAAGUUAAAAUCAUAAUGGACAAAAUUUCCAAGAGGUCGAAAGGUUAUGCUUUUGUUGAGUACACAACAGUGGAGGCUGCAACUACUGCUUUCAAAGAGAUGAAUGGCAAGAUCAUUAAUGGCUGGAUGAUAACAGUUGAUGCCGCUAGGACGAAUCCUCCAAAAUACAGCAGAGGACGACCCGGAGCAGCUAGGUAACAUUAUAGAAGCAGAGAGACUAUAGAUAGGAAUAGAGAGGGAGAGCUGUUAUAUUCUCUCGGCAUUUUUUGGAGAUACAGGGAGCUUAGAAUCUGGUUUGGAGCCUUAAUGCACAACCGAGCUACACGUAGAAGAUUACCACUUCGUUUCUUCUUUGCCUGAUACUGUAUCCAAAUAUUCCCGUGUAAUAUUCACUGCUCAAAUGAUUGAGCCAGUUUUGAAGGUCAUACAGUAAGAGGCGGACCCGGGAUUCGAAUUUGAUGGGUUCAAUCUUGAUGUUCUUACGGUUGAACCCGAUACACUAUCAAUAUUAUGCGGUCAAAAUUUUAUAUUUAUUAAAAGUUUAGCGAUUUCAUAUAUA